GAAUAUGUCAACAUUAAUGCAUUACAACAGGCAUCCAACCAAGGAUUCAAGACGUCGAGUGUCAUGAUUUCGAAUGAGACGUUACGUGUUGAUACUCCAAUCAGCGACAACGAUGUGCCACAAACCUAUACACCGUUGAGGAAGCGAAAACUCGUAGCAAACAAGAACAUUAAAAUGGUUCCAAAGAAAAAGACAGCCAAAGCAAAAGAUACAAAUGAAGAGGAUGAAACGUGCUCAGCCACUAUAUGCAAAAUGUUGAGUGGUCUUACUGCACGGGAUUCGAGUGGCGAUUGGACCAAGUGUGACGGGCCUUGCAAGAGAUGGUUCCACAAUCGUUGCGCAGCGAUAAAAAGAAUCCUGAAGAAAACCGAAAAGUGGGACUGCAUCAAAUGCGUUAAUCAGUCCAAUCGCCCCUGUCGCAAUUGUAUUAAAUAAUUAUUUUGUUGUAGCGUGUAAUUAACAAUUUCAACUCAAAUCAUUACACAACUGUUACCAAUGUAAUCAAUUUUAUGUAGUUUUGGUUUAAAAGUUAUUUGUGUUUAACUUUCGUUGUUUUUGGCUGUACAAUCUGGUAAUGAAUCGUAAUUAAUGCUGUUUUUGUCCUCUCUGAAACCUGUCUGAACUGUACAAUAAGGGCAAAUAAAGAAUAAAAUACCGUGGAAA